GUUUUUUAACCUUCAAGCCCAGUUUGUGGCAAAUAGAAAGGCUGCCACUUUAAUAUAUAGUAAGGGAGAGGUGUUUAAAUAGGCAGAUAGUUGAUUUAUGAAGUCUUGUUUUUAUACAUACAACAUUGAGCUCUGUGAGACUCCAAACAGAGCAAAAAUAUAUUUAAUUUUUAAUAUAGAAUUUACAAUUUUGAGUGAUUCAAUUAGAAACCAUAUAACCAGGCUAAAACAGCUACUGGCAGCCCUAUGAUUUGGAGCAUGCUAGUGUCUUUUGGCUCAUUUUUAUCAGCUAUAUUAUAUUUGGAAUGCACAGCUCAGCCUUUGUGCGUCAGGUUUCUGUGCGCCCUCAUGGAGCCGAGCAGCGCGCUGUCUCUCCGAACUGAAUCUUCUCUGCCUUCAAAAGCUGCGUCAAGUCAGCCGUAAAAACACCGGCUGCCGUCGGAAGGUACACAGAUCUACCCUUCAACGUAAAGGCGUGACCGACACCCAGCGCUCCCUGCAAUAUGUGAUCUUCAGCAGGCGUUUUUAUUUCCAGCCAAUGACCAGAGCUCCCAUCCUGUCACUUCACCGCCUUGACGCAGGUCCAUGGUCCAAACCAGUGGUGUGGAGUUCAAGACGCACAGACACCAGAUGCCUCCGGCAACAGAUUUUCUCUGACACAAAAGUAUUUAAUCCUGUUUUUCUCUGCUGGAUUAGAACAUAAAGCACUCUCGCUUCGUUUCUUUUAGAUGAAGAAUGGGCUGCGCAAUAUCAGGUUUAGCUGCAAAGUCGGAGUUCGCAGAAAGGAACACAGACGAUGCUGCUGCGCAUCCAAGCGAGGAGCAGAUUCAGAUGAUCAAGGACUCGUGGAAAGUUAUCCGGGACGAUAUAGCCAAAGUUGGGAUUAUUAUGUUCGUCAGGUUGUUUGAGACCCAUCCUGAAUGCAAGGAUGUCUUCUUCCUGUUUCGCGACGUGGAGGACCUGGAGAGGCUGCGGACCAGCCGGGAACUCAGAGCGCACGGCCUGAGGGUGAUGUCUUUUAUUGAGAAAAGUGUGGCGAGACUGGACCAGCUGGAGCGACUGGAGGCUCUGGCUCUGGAGUUAGGAAAAAGCCAUUAUCAUUACAACGCUCCACCCAAGUACUACAGUUAUGUCGGAGCAGAAUUUAUCUGUGCAGUGCAGCCCAUCCUGAAGGAGCAGUGGACAGCGGAGUUAGAGGAUGCAUGGAAGACCAUGUUCCAGUAUGUGACCAGUCUAAUGAAGCAGGGAUACCAGGAGGAGAGCGCCCGACAGCGCCACCUUGCAGUUUCCCCAAAGGAAAGACCGGACAAGAGGAACACAGCACUAUGAGACCAACCACAAUAGACUGUUUUUAUCAAUUCAGCACAGAAAUGUGUGUAUGUACAUAGUGUAUCUAGUGUCUUGUUUUCUACAUUGCUCGUUUAGUCGUUUGCUAUUUAAUCAGAAUAGACAGGAACAUGCAGUGACUUUUAACAAAGCACUUUAUUUCUGAACUUAAAUUCUGCUGCAGUCCUCUUCCAUGACAACAUGAUGGGAAGCAAGAGGUUGACAAAAUGUUCUGGCUGUAGUUAAACCUACCGUGAAAUUAUUCUAAACAAAAAAGACAUUAUUUGUCCCUGUGUUCAUAACUCAGACAUGCCUUUCAGUAAAUCUACAACUUUGAA